ACCUCUGGAAGUCAGACAGCAUCCCCCCCCCGGGGGGGGGGGCACUCCAGGACCCACUUGCGUCUCAGAGUGCGGAGGAUGCUCCUUGCUGUGCACCUGCUCCUCCUCCUGGCCGGCCCACUGACCCUGGCUGGGGGGCAGCUGCAGCCCGAGCCUGGGGGUGAAGCGCACACCAACGGCUCCAGGCAGCAGCUUCCAGGUACGGAGGAGGGCUCCCCCAGCCUCAAAUUUGGCCCUGGCAACACCGACUUUGCCUUCCGCUUCUACCACCUGGUGGCCUCCGAACGGCCUGGGGCGAACAUCUUCUCCCCACUGAGUGUCUCGGCUGCCUUGGCCAUGCUCUCCCUGGGGGCCCACUCCAAUACUGGGACCCAGAUCCUCCAGGGCCUGGGCUUCAACCUCACGGAGCUGCCCAAGGUCACCAUCCACCAGGGCUUCCGGCACCUCCUGCACACACUCAGCCUCUGGGGCCACGGGCUGGAGACGCACGUGGCCAGCUCCCUGUUUCUGAGCCAAGACUUGGAGCCCCUCCCGAGGUUCCUGAACGACACCAUGGCCUUCUACACGUCCAGGCUCUUCUGCACCAACUUCCGAGAGCCCAAGGAUGCAGCCCAGCUCAUCAACGACCACGUCAGGGCAGAGACCCGGGGCAAGAUCACAGAUCUGGUCAGGGAACUCGAACCCAGCACCCAGCUCGUGCUGGCGAACUCUAUCUACUUCAAGGCGCUGUGGGAGGAGCCGUUUGUCCUCGCCCGGACCAAGCCCCACAGUUUCUAUGUGGACGAGAGCACGGUGGUCCGGGUGUCCAUGAUGCUGCAGGACCAGCAGUACCACUGGCACCUCCAGGACCGGCACCUGGCCUGCUCCGUGCUGCACAUGGACUACAAGGGAGGCGCCUCGGCCCUCUUUGUCCUUCCCGACUGAGGCAAAAUGGAGCAGGUGGAGGAGGCGCUGACGCCCGGGAUGCUCCGGCGAUGGACCAGCUUGCUGAGCGCCAGUAUCGCUUGCAGGAACUUUUACAAGCCACUGGAGCUGCAUCUCCCCAAGUUCUCCAUUUCCGGCUCCUACCUGCUUGAUCAGAUCUUGCCCAAGCUCGACUUCACAGAUCUGUUCUCCCCAUGGGCUGACUUUUCCGGCAUCAGCAAAUGUGAGAAACUGCAGGUGUCCAAAGGCUGGGGUAAUUUCCACAAGGCCACCCUGGACAUUGAUGAGGCCGGCACGGAGGCAGCGGCAGCCACAGGCACCUCCAUUGUCUUGCUGUCCGCCCGGAAGAGUCACUGAGCCCUGUGGUUCAACCGGCCCUUCCUGGUGGUGAUCUCCUCCCCCAGCACCCAGAGCGGGCUCUUUCUGGGCAAGGUCGUCAACCCCACAAAGCUGUAG